AUUCCCAAGUGCCUUAGUCACUGCCAGAAGAACAAGCCUUCUAGAUUAUCCAACGUGGAUAGAUCAUCAACACUAGAUAGUAUCCCAGUACCCCCUCCACUUUCCUCUACCCAGUCGCCGCACCCUUUCCCCCAAGCCCGGUUCUUCAAGGCUUCAGAGUUAGCGCUGCUCCAGGUAAAAGGAAUUCUCAGCACAGAGCCUUCAAACCUUCUCGGAGGCCACUAAGGGCCCCUGCCGCCGCCAGGGAGAGAAAGCACCUGGGGCGGGGCGGGGCGUGCGGGCGCACACCUGCGGAGGGGGCGGUGCCCCAACAAUUGCACCGGGGCUGGGGGAGGGGAGCUACUCACUCCCCGCCCCCGGGCGGUGACUCAUCACCGAGCACCGGCUGCCUGAGGUAAGCCGACCCGGGAUGGGGCGGAGAGGCGGGGCCGCCAGGUCGUGUAGGUCUGCGUUUCUCCCCGCCGCGCGCACUAAGCGCAAGUCCUUCGGCGAGCAAGCACCUUCGGCGCGGUCCGAGGACCCCCUCGUAGCGGUCCUCCAGACGCGGACCCGCGCGCCCCAAGCUUCUCGCCGCCAGGCCGGCUUCUCAAGCUUUGCUCCCGGCGCACGCCCUCCCGCGAGCUCCCGGCCCUUCCCUAGCCCCUCUUCCCGGCGCGCGGACAGCAUGGCGCCACCGCAGGUCCUUGCGUUCGGGCUCCUGCUCGCGGCGGCGACGGCAACUUUGGCCGCGGCUGAGGAAGGUGAGGCGCGGACUUGGAGCAGGAGUUGUGGAGUUGGGCUGGGCUGGGCUGGAGGGCAGCGGCCUGCGGCCCCCGAGGCGGGGAUAAUGGGGAGGGCACCGAGAGGCCGCGCUUUCCAGCCUGUAGCCCAGACGGCGCGGCGGUGCCCCGGCCCCGGCCCUCGGCGCCGUAGGAAGCGGCAAGGCGGCGCUCACUCACGCCGGCGGGGGAACAGCCUCACUUUGCAGCUUUGCUCGCCUCGGUAGGGAAGUGGCCCGGGGCGGAGGCGGGGGACAGGCGAGGAACUGAGUGGCCACGUCCAGGAAUCCUGCGGCCACCGAACCAAGGCUUCGCGCCCUGACGUACCCACCUCCUCAGGCCGGGGUGGAUUUGGGGUUCCAUAACAGCCCGAGCCGGUGGCAGACUCUCUGCGAUAGGGACCAGCUGGCCCGCCCUUGUCCUUGUCACCUACGGCGGGCCCCGGAUGUGGCCUUAGGCGGGGACAGGUGCGGCACGCAGAGAGGCCUCCAGGGCCGCUAUGCACCUGCGCGCAGCCUGCGGGCCUGGAUUACACAGGGCGUUUGGGUGUUUUCCCUUUUCUAAGGAUCGUAUGAGUAAUGCCGAGCUUAUUGUAGGAAACGCAGAAACAACAAUAACCGUGAAGUGUAAAAACCUAUAAUCCCACCAUUUUGAGAAUCCCGUAAUUAAUAACUAGAUAUACCUUUCUUUCUUUAUUUUUUUUUGCUUAUUUGAGGCGGCCUUGCUCUGUCGCCCAGGCUGAAGUGCAAUGGCACAAUC